GAACUUGUCGCAGUUGGAAUCAUCAUGCUGAAGCUGAGCCUGGUGGCCUGGUUACUUUGUUCGCUGGCCUGGCGCACCAUGCCGACCGCCUGCCGUCAGACCCGACCCCCGCUGAGCAUUCAACAGCUACUGGCCACCCAAUUGCAGAGCUACAUGGACACCAAGACACGUCCCUGCGAAAAUUUCUAUCAGUACGCCUGUGGCAACUGGCAGAUUCAGCAAAAGGGGCAGGAGCCGGACCGGCAGCGGGACCGCGAGAGGGAGCCCGAGCACCUCCUGCCGAGCGACACACUGGGGGUCAUCGAGUCGUCUCUGAAUCAGCGGCUGGAACGGCUACUCCGUCGCGGCAACAACAGCUCCUCCGCUGAGGAGAGCUGCACCUUUGUAGAGCAGAUGCGUCGCUACUACCGUUCCUGCAAGCGCCUGAAGCCCUACAACCUGAAGAAGUAUUUGCUACAGCUACCACCCAGCAAUCUCACCUACUGGCCGCUAGUGGGUCGCGGAUGGCGGCGGGAAAACUUCGACUGGAUCACAGCCCUCGGCCGUUUGCGUCUUUACGGAUUAAAUGGCGUCCUGUUGCGGGAGGAUGUCAUGCCGCGGUGGGAUGACUCUCUCGCCUUUAGCAUAUAUAUUAAUAAGCCGAGUCGCCAGGAGACGCAGCCCAUGGGCGAGGGCGCCAUCAUCGAGCUUCUGCUGGACAUCGGACAGACAAAGCGGGCGGCCAAUGCCCUGGCGCGUUUGGUGGACGGCUUCGAGCAUCAGUUGCACCGCCUGCAGGACAUAGAAGACGACGAGGGACCGCGGGAGAUGCAACUGGGCUACCUAGACACCUUUCUGCCUCAGUUCCGGUGGCUGGCGUUUAUGCAACAGAUUCGCGUGGAUGUGGAAAUCGAUCUGCGCUCUACGCUGAUCAUCGAGAACAUCCCCUAUCUGAGAGCUCUUAGCGUCCUGGUCGAUAGUCACAUGCCCGAUACCAUCUGUAGUUACAUCAUGAUCCGGUGGCUGGCCUUCCUCAAGCAGCAGGGUCCCGGCGAGAUUGCGAGGGGGGAGUGCGUCGCCAGUAUGAGGAGAGCCAUGCCCCUGGCCAGCAGUUGGCUGAUUGGACAGCACUUCUAUGACCCGGACUCGGAACCCGAAAUUACUUCUCUAUUUGCCCGCCUAAAGCGACGCUUCAGCCAGAUCCUGUCGGAGAACCGACUCAGACUGUCGCCCCCAUUGGUUCACAUCCUGCAACAAAAACUCCAUGCCAUGAGGGUGCAAAUAGGGUUUAUCCAACCAGAUGAAAUCGAGAAGGUGGAGCAGUACUACGAGGGGCUCGACCUGAACGACCACAACUUUUAUGGGAACCAGUUGAACCUUCUGAGACUUCGUGUGGAAGCAACACACCGGCUGCUAUCCGUGGAGGCGACAGGAAACUCCACGGACAGCAACUUGGAUUACAUGGCGGAGGUUUUAGAUGGCAGCAGCUCUUCGCCGUUGUACGUGAGACCAAGAAACCUUGUCAUGAUACCCCAUGGACUGCUCCAACUGCCGGUGUGGCACCGCAAUAUUUCGUCCUUGCAACAGCAUGCCGUGCUGGGUUUCGCGCUGGCCCACGAGAUGGCACACGGGUUCGACGUAUCUGGAAUCGACUACGACGCCCAGGGCAACAUCAUGGGUCCCGUGGAGGAGAUCACCACCAGUAAGCAAUUCCGCCACGGCAUCCUUUGUAUGCAGAAGCAAAUGCCAUCCGGUUCGCGGUGGCUCAACGAGAAGCUGGCCGACUACGAGGCUCUGCGACUGGUAUACGAGUCCUUCUUUGGUCUUGGGGCAGGACGACGGGAGCCACGGGAUCCCCUCUUGCCACAGUUUAGCCAAAGACAGCUAUUCUUCAUCAGCUUUGCGCAGUUCUUUUGCGGAAGGAUACCAGUCCUGGGUCCACGAGGACAAUUCCACUCACAGGUCAAUUUGGAACACGCGGUCGACGAGCUGAGAGUUUUGGAAACAUUGGCCAACUUUGAGGAGUUCUCCAGGGAAUUUGGUUGCGAGAAAAGAACCAAGAUGCAGGCCAGCCAACGAUGUCGACUUUGGUGAGAAAGUAUUUUAGU